CGAUCAGCCGUUCCUCUCGAUACCACUACCAUCAUGCCUCCCAAGGGUGUAGGACGGAGAAAAGCUGCAAAUGAUGGCUCGUCGACGCCCAACAUUCCCAGCCUAGCAGUGCAGCUAUCUUACUUGCACAGCCCAAAACCGUUCAAGAAUCCCUACUACACCAAGAAUGUCAAUCGUAGGGCGAAGAAUUUUAAGACUGUGCUGAGUCAGGAGCGAGAGCGGGAGAGGGCAGAGCGGGAGAGGAGAAAGCUUGCCCAACCGGAUGUUCCCCUCGAGCCAGACGAAAUGCCUACAUAUGCAUCGAUUGAGGCUCCGCCGUCUGUGUUGCCGAUGAAGCAUUAUUGCGAUGUUACGGGUCUCGAGGCGCCCUAUACAGACCCUGCUACGGGCCUCCGGUUUCAUGAUAAGAGUGUGUAUCAAGUUAUUAAAGGGAUGAGUGUCAGCACCGCGAAAGAUUAUCUCUCAGCUCGUGGUGUAAAUUCUAUUGUCAAGUAAUAGACGCCGAACCCAGGCAGUGUUGGACACGAUUAGCUUGUCAAUAAAUGCUCGCCGCUGUAUCCCCGGUCAUUCCGCUAAAUCAUAUUAUACUCAUUUUAAUUGGUAUAACAUCGGUGUUAGUGGAAAGCGGAGAUAGAUCAUUCCGAGGUAAAACGUGUAAGAGUAGGUCGGGCAAUCCCAUUCGUGUGUUCAC